AUGAAUAUGAUUAGUAAUUUUUGUUUUAUAUUAUCUUCAACCUUGAAAUCAUCACAAUCCAAUUUGCUAUUUUCAAUUAUUGCAGUGAUAGAUCUUAUCCUACUUCUAUAUGUUGUCCACAGUGGUGCGGAAAACCUUAAAAAACACAUAUCAUUUAUUUUAUUAUCUCAUGGUACAGUAAUAUCUUUAAAAGAACUAUUUAAUUUAAGUAUUUUUACCAGUUUAAUUUUAUCAUUAAUUACUAUUCUAAUAUAUUAUAAUAUAACUUACAACACAAUAAUGGUAAGAUUAAUAUGUUUAAUUAAUUGUAUAUUAUUAGUAGUAGUAAUAAAAACUAAUAUUGUAAGUAGAGAUAUUUUCAGUCCUAUAUUCUGCUUGCGUGCAUUAUUUUUUACUAGCUGUCUGAUAGGUAUACUUGCAAUAACAAGUUUAAAUGUUACACUUAAGAUACAUACUGCCUUAGUAGGCUUUAUUGUAUGUACAUAUAUAUUAACAGGUGUAGCAGGUAUAAAUUUAUUAGAAUUUAAUACUACAGAUCCAAAUGGAAAUGUUAUAGAAAAUAAAAAUGGACUAUUCACUUCGAUGAUAAGUAUUUGCAUACUAUUAGCACUAUUUUAUAUAGAAUUUGCAUUUUAG